UGGUCCAGUGAGCCCACCUGCUCUCUCUGAUCACUGGCACAAACCCCUAACACACACACACACGAGCCUUAUCAGCACACUGCUAAUCAGAGAUGACCGCUCAGAAGAACCAGAGAAAGGAGUACCUGUGUGUGAAGGACCUGGAGAAAGUUCUGGACUCCUGCACUCUGGAACUGAACCAGAUCGACGAGGUCUGGCCGAACCUGUACAUCGGAAAUGUGAGAAUCGCCCAGAACAGGGCGGCUCUGCAGCGGAUGGGAAUCACCCACAUCCUGAACGCUGCGCACUCCAAGCGCGGCAGCAUCGGGGACCAGAACUUCUACGGCACCAGCUUCGUUUACUGCGGAAUUCCAGCAGAAGACUCGUCUUACUUUGACCUGGACAUCUACUUCAGAUCAGCGGCUGAUUUUAUCCACAAAGGCCUGAAAACGCCUGACGGGAAGGUGCUGGUACACUGCAUUAUGGGUAUGAGUCGUUCGUCCACGCUGGUGCUGGCGUAUCUGAUGCUGUAUCACCACAUGCCGCUCCGCUCAGCCAUCCAGCGCCUCAUUCGGAAACGAGCCAUCUACCCGAACAGGAACUUCCUGGCUCUGCUUCUGGACCUGGACCUGCAGCUGAAGAGGAAACGAAAAACCUGCGUACUGCUGUAAACAACAAACAAACAAACAACAGACUGUAGCUGCUCUGUUCGCAACAGCUCAGUGUUUAUUGAUUAGAGGUCAUGAAAAUCUGCAGCAAAAGAGGACCUGAGACUCUAGAAGAGCCACUCAGAAUUCCACCAAUAAGAUAAAGGCCUGCGAUAGCUGAGCCAAUAGAACAGCAGCAUUAAAACUUAUCUGAGCCAAUAGGAGAGCAGAAUUAAAACGCAGCACCGUGUGGAAGGCAGAGCUCACCCUGUUUUGAGUGGAAAUCAAAUAAAUUAAGAGUGGCCUCUGACUUUGCACAGUAGCGUAGAUGAGCCAAUAGGAUAGUGGCCUGGCAUAACUGAGCCAAUAGGAAUAGCUUAUUAAAAACAGUGGAUCAUGGGAGCAUGAGAUAAAAUAGUGACAUCACAAAACUACUCUCACUGGCCAUUUUAUUAGAAACACCUCCCUUAUAGCUCCACCAUGUAGGUGCAGAGUUACAGACUGUAGCUAAUCUGCCGCUGCAGUCUAUCAACCUCCUGUACUUACAUUGAUCACUGGUCAGUUUGGUCAGUUUUUACACACAUUAGUAUCACUGCUAGGUUGAGAGUGGAUCGUCCACCCAAAAAUAUGCAGACAAGAGUGGCUCUGUGGGCAAAAACUGAAGGGCAACAGCACGACCAACACAAACUGUGCAUCAACAGCUACAGUCACUAACUGUACGCCAACUAGGAGGAGCUACAGGAGAGGAGUUUCUGAUAAAGUAGAUUGGACUGUAUGUGAAAUACAUUCACAUAUAUGCUACACGAGUGAUAUCUUAUGAGAUAUAUGUGUUAUAUGUGCCCUAAUCAUUGUGCAUUAUCUUAAAGUUUAAGAUCCAUUAUGGUAUAAAGUAUUAAAAUAAGAGUUGAUCUUAUAGUAAAGCAGCAUUAGAGGCCACAUUUAGAGUGAAAUCACUGAGGAGACCAUCUGCAGCACAGGGAACACACACAUACGCCACCAUUCAGACGUUUGACAUGUCAUAUUAAUUACUGUUGUCAUUUUAGUCAAUAAUAACAUGCACACUAUGCACUGAAAUAUUAUAAAUUAGUCAUUAGAAGGUAUUAAGGUGUUAACAAAGACUUAUAUGAUAAAUAAGAGACUGUAAUUAUCAACGUGUUGUUAUUUCUUAUAACGUUAAAUGGCUUAAGAUAUACAUUUGAUUAGAACUCCAUUGUGAAUAUUAGUUUAUUUGAAUUUUAUCUGGAAAUAAUGUUAUUUGAACUUAAUUCUGGAUAUUAAUUUUAUUAGAACAUAAUUCUAUUUUAUUAGAACUUCAUUCUGAAUAUUAACUGGCUGCCACACACAACGAUGAGCAACUGAAAGCUGUUGUCCUCAAGCAGUUCAUUGUUGAUUGGCAACAACAGCCAACUCUUAGCAAAGUAGGUAGCAGGUAUACAUGGCCCAGUGACAUUGGUCAUGUUGGUAUAACAUUGGCAGAUCAUAUUGGGCCAAAGACAUUUUGGCCGGUGGGCCGAUACCGGCCUGACAUUAGCUGGCAAUCAUUGGACCUCAUUUACCAAUAUCUUCGUAAGUUCUUUCUUAAAUGUGUUCUUGAGAAAGUUCCUAAAAAAAGUCAAUGUCAGAUUCAUGACGUGUUCUUAAAGCGCAGAACUGUUCUCACCUUUGUGCUCUUGAG